AGAAAAAAAAAAAAAAAACAAAAACAAAAACAAAAGAACUCUUCUGUUCAAGUGAGCGCCAACCAAAAAGCAAAACUUGGUAAACAUCAUCUUCUUCUUCUUCUUCUUCGUCUGCCUCUAGAUUGAUCGGCCAUGGCGAACGAGAAUGACGGGUUCAAGUUCGAGCAGAGGCACGGCAAGGCGAGGGUGAGAGUGGCCAGAGUGUGGCGGAACCCCGACGGACGCCAAUCCGUCGUGGAGUGGAGCGUCAGCAUCAGCCUCUUCUCCGAUUGCCAAAACGCCUACUUUCGCGAUGAUAAUUCCGACAUCGUCGCCACCGACACCAUGAAGAACACCGUAUAUGUAAAAGCAAAGGAAUGUAAAGGACAACUUUCAGCUGAGGACUUUGCAAUUCAACUAGCUAAACACUUCACAUCAUUUUACCGGCAGGUAUAUGCUGCCAUUGUAAAGAUAGUUGAAAAGCCUUGGGAACGUGUGCAUGUAGAUGGUCAACCACAUAAUCAUGGUUUUAAACUCGGAUCUGAAAGGCAUACAACAGAGGUAAUAGUAGAGAAGUCUGGCUUACUAAAGUUGACUUCUGGUGUUGAAGGAUUGGCUUUACUUAAGACAACAAAGUCUGGUUUCGAGGGGUUUAUUAGGGAUAAAUACACAGCCCUUCCUGAGACACAAGAGAGGAUUCUCGCAACAGAGGUAACUGCAUCCUGGAGGUACUCGUAUGAAUCUGUCUCUAGCAUUCCUCAAAAGCCGCUUUACUUUACGGAGAGAUAUCUGGAUGUGAAAAAAGUAUUGGUGGACACUUUUCUGGGUCCUCCAAAAGAGGGUGUCUAUAGCCCAUCUGUUCAAAGUACUCUUUAUCAAAUGGCAAAGGCUGCUCUCAACAGGUUUCCCGACAUAUCAUCCGUGCAACUUAAAAUGCCAAACCUCCAUUUCUUACCUGUUAAUCUGUCAAGCAAGGAUAGUAGUAUUGUGAAGUUCGAAGAUGAUGUUUAUUUGCCAACAGAUGAACCACAUGGAUCAAUUGAAGCUAGCUUAACCCGCUUCUGGGCAAAACUGUAAUGCCUGAUCCUUUCUGCAGGCUUAAUGUAAGCACUUCAUUCGCAAAAGUCGACUUGUCAUUUUCCUGAAGCCGGAGAUGCAAAAUGUAUAUACAUACAAUGAAUAAACAUGCCUGUAAGCAGAUGGAACUAAAUUACGUUUCAGGAUUACGUUUGUGUCAACUUAGAGAAUGCCAAGUUUGACGUCUGUAUUUUCUUCCCCCUAAACCGACGCAUUGACAUGCGAUUUCAUGAUGCGUAGUGUAAACUGGUCCAACAAAUAAAAUCUCUCGACAUUGACGAGUA